UGCUGGGGCUGAUGCAGUUUCUGGCCCGAGCAGGUGGUCCGCCGGCACAUCCUGGGCUCCAUCGUGCAGAGUGAAGGCAGCUACGUGGAGUCUUUGAAGCGAGUUCUGCAGGAGUACCGCAACCCGCUGAUGGAGAUGGAGCCCAAGGCGCUGAGCGCACGCAAGUGCCAGGUGGUGUUCUUCCGCGUCAAGGAGAUCCUGCACUGCCACUCCAUGUUCCAGAUCGCCCUGUCCUCCCGCGUGGCUGAGUGGGACUCCACAGAGAAGAUUGGGGACCUCUUUGUGGCCUCAUUCUCCAAGUCCAUGGUUCUGGACGUGUACAGUGACUAUGUGAACAACUUCACCAACGCCAUGUCCAUCAUCAAGAAGGCCUGUCUCACCAAGCCCGCCUUCCUGGAGUUCCUCAAGCGGCGACAGGUUUGCAGCCCCGACCGCGUCACACUCUAUGGCCUGAUGGUGAAGCCCAUCCAGAGGUUCCCUCAGUUCAUCCUCCUGCUUCAGGACAUGCUCAAGAACACCCCCAGGGGCCAUCCAGACAGGCUGUCGCUGCAGCUGGCCCUCACCGAGCUGGAGACAUUGGCAGAGAAGCUCAAUGAGCAGAAGCGGUUGGCGGACCAGGUGGCCGAGAUCCAGCAGCUGACCAAGAGUGUCAGUGACCGCAGCAGCCUCAGCAAGCUCCUGACAUCGGGCCAGCGGCAGCUGCUCCUGUGCGAGACGCUGACAGAGACGGUGUACGGUGACCGUGGGCAGCUGAUCAAGUCCAAGGAGCGCAGGGUCUUCCUACUUAGUGACAUGCUCGUCUGUGCCAACAUCAACUUCAAGGGCCAGCUGGAGAUCAGCAGCCUGGUGCCCCUGGGGCCCAAGUAUGUGGUGAAGUGGAACACGGCCCUGCCCCAGGUGCAGGUGGUGGAGGUGGGCCAGGAGGGCGGCUCCUAUGAGAAGGACAACGUGCUCAUCCAACACGCCGGCACCAAGAAGGCCACGGCAGCGGGCCAGGCUCAGAACAAGGUACACUUGGGGCCCCCGCGCCUCUUCCAGGAGUUGCAGGCCCUGCAGAAGGACCUGGCCGUGGUGGAGCAGAUCACCCUCCUCGUCAGCACGCUGCACGGCACCUACCAGAACCUGAAUAUGACCGUGGCCCAAGACUGGUGCCUGGCUCUGCAGAGGCUGAUGCGCGUGAAGGAGGAGGAGAUCCACUCUGCGAACAAGUGCCGUCUCCGACUCCUGCUGCCGGGGAAGCCUGACAAGUCUGGCCGACCCAUCAGCUUCAUGGUGGUGUUCAUCACCCCCAACCCCCUGAGCAAGAUCUCCUGGGUCAAUCGGCUGCACCUGGCCAAGAUUGGACUCCGGGAGGAGAACCAGCCAGGCUGGCUGUGCCCGGAUGAGGACAAGAAGACCAAAGCUCCCUUCUGGUGCCCGGUCUUGGCCUGCCGCAUCCCCGCCUUUUCUGCCCGGGGCCUCAGCCUGCAGCUCGGGGCCCUGGUCCACAGUCCCGUCAGCUACCCUCUGUUAGGAUUCUCAGCCGUCAGCACCUCUCUGCCGCAGGGCUACCUCUGGGUCGGGGGCGGGCAGGAGGGCGCGGGGGGCCAGGUGGAGAUCUUCUCCCUGAACCGGCCCUCACCCCGCACGGUCAAGUCCUUCCCGCUGGCCGCCCCCGUGCUCUGCAUGGAGUACUUGCCCGAGCCGGAGGACGGGGGCGGUGGCGACGGAGCUGGAGCUGGAGACGGAGAGGAGGACCGGCCGGUGGCUGACCCCUCCGCGGCCGUGCACCCCACCAUCUGCCUCGGCCUCCAGGAUGGCAGCAUCCUGGUAUACAGCAGCGUGGACACGGGCACCCAGUGCCUGGCGACCUGCAGGAGCCCCGGCCUGCAGCCUGUCCUCUGCCUGAGGCCCAGCGGCUCCCACCUGCUCGCCGGCCUGCAGGACGGGACCCUCGCCGCCUACCCCCGGACCAGCGGAAGUGUGCCCUGGGAUCUGGAGAGCCCUCCAGCCUGUCUGACCAUCGGGCCAGGGCCCAUCCGCACCCUGUUGAGCCUGGAGGACGCCGUUUGGGCCAGCUGCGGGUCCCGGGUCACCGUCCUGGAUGCCACCAGCCUGCAGACCCAGCAAAGCUUUGAGGCUCACCAGGACGAGGCCGUGAGCGUGACACACAUGGUGAAGGCGGGCAGUGGCGUGUGGAUGGCCUUCUCGUCGGGCUCCUCCAUCCGCCUCUUCCACACGGAGACGUUGGAGCAUUUGCAGGAGAUCAACGUCGCCACGAGGACCACCUUCCUCCUGCCAGGCCAGAAGCACCUGUGUGUCACCAGCCUCCUGAUCUGCCAGGGUCUCCUCUGGGUGGGCACAGACCAGGGCAUCAUUGUCUUGCUACCCGUGCCCCGGCUGGAAGGCAUCCCCAAGAUCACAGGGAAAGGCAUGGUUUCCCUCAACGGCCACUGCGGACCCGUGGCCUUCCUGGCCGUGGCCACCAGCAUCUUAGCCCCCGACAUCCUGCGCAGCGACCAGGAGGAGGCCGAGGGGCCGCGGGCCGAGGAGGACAAGCCCGACAGCCCUGGCCCGGAGCCCUCGCCUGCGCCCGCAGGCCACGGGGCCCGCGAGCUGACCCGCAAGAAGGGCGUCCUGCUGCAGUACCGCCUGCGCUCCACCGCCCACCUGCCCGGCCCGCUGCUCUCCGUGCGGGACCCGGUGCCCGGCGAGGGCUCGGCGCUGGAGCACAGCGAGGAGGACGGCUCUAUCUACGAGAUGGCUGACGACCCCGACGUCUGGGUGCGCGGCCGGCCCUGCGCCCGGGACGCCCACCGCAAGGAGAUCUGCUCCGUGGCCAUCAUCUCGGGCGGGCAGGGCUACCGCAACUUCGGGGGCGCCCUGGGUGGGGGUGGCAGGCCUGCCCCCUGCGGGGAGACAGACGGCACCCUCCUCAUCUGGCAGGUGCCCUUGACUCUAUAGCCACCCCCCCAAACCCCUUACCUGAAAAGACAUCUCACAGAGUGUUUCUUUAAAAGCAAAAGAGGGAGAAGGAGAAGGAGGAGAAGGAGAAAGAAAAAUAAAAACACAGGAGCCUCACAAAUGCCUGGCCAGCCCAGAGGCUGCUGAGAGGGCCCCCACCGGGCUCAGAAGCAGCCUCCAGCCCCCCUAGGAGGAGUGUGUGUGUGUGUGUGUGUGUGUGUGUGUGCGCGUGCACGCACAUGGGAGCAUGCAGGCGGGCAUGCGUGUGAAUAUGUAUAAAUACUAUAAAUGGUGUACAUUACACGCAUGUAAAUACAAUCUGUACAUAUUGGAGCUCUGGGCGAUGCUGGAAUAAAAGGCAAAGAUGACGUUGGUA